GUCUUAUGUGUUUGAGAGAUCCUCUUGGCAGGCUCGGGCUCCCUCCAGCACACCGCUCAUUGGUUCCGCUCACCUGAGAGAACUUUCGCCGCACUUUCAUCCGUGACAACUUUAGUUUUUUCCCCUCACAGGCUGCCCGACACUUAUGCAGAAGAUAGUCUAGGUGCCAGCUCUCCGGGGCAACCAUGGCUCAGCUACGCUCCUGCCAUAGCAGGCGAUAUAGUUCCCUGUCGUUGUUCCUAUGGAGCGCGUACCUAGCCGCGCUGUGCGGAGCGGUGGCGUACUACCCGCGGUUCUCUCCCUUCUUCUUCCUAUGUACCCACCAUGGAGAGUUAGAGGGGGACGGAGAGCAAGGAGAAGUGCUCAUCUCUCUGCACCUUGCCGGGAACCCCAGCUACUACAUACCUGGACACGAGUAUCACGUAACCAUUUCAACUAGCACCUACUUUGAUGGUCUUUUGGUGACUGGAUUAUACACAUCCACCAGCGUACAAGCUUCUCAAAGCAUUAGCGGUUCAAAGGCUUUUGGAUUUGGUAUAAUGUCUGAUCACCAGUUCGGAACCCAGUUCAUGUGCAGUGUUGUGGCUUCGCACGUAAGUCACCUUCCAACAACAAAUCUCAGUUUUGUAUGGAUAGCUCCACCUGCUGGGACUGGAUGUGUCAAUUUCAUGGCUACCGCUACACAUAGAGGCCAGGUUAUAUUCAAAGAUGCCCUCGCGCAACAGCUGUGUGAGCAAGGAGCUCCAACAGAAGCACCUUUACGUCCAAAUUUGGCUGAAAUUCAUAGUGAAGGCAUUAUUUUACGAGAUGAUUUUGAUUCUUACAAGCAGCAGGAAUUAAAUCCAAACAUUUGGAUGCCAUGCAGAAACUGUGAAGUUGGAGAGCUGUGUGGUGUUAUAAUGCAUGGAGGGGCUGUUACAUUUUGUGAUCCUUAUGGACCAAGAGAACUGUUAACAACCAGCCUAAACACCACUACAGCUUCAGUUCUGCAGUUUUCUAUCGGGUCAGGCUUAUGUCGAUUCAGCUACUCAGAUCCUGGAAUUGUGGUGUCUUAUACCAAGAGCAAUGCUACCAGCUGGUUUCCCCUUGAGAGAAUCAGUGCACCCUCAAAUGUUAGCACAAUCAUCCACAUUGUCUACCUCCCUAAUGAAGCCAAAGGUGAAAAUGUGAGGUUUCGAUGGACACAAGAGAGCACACAGGCUGGAGAUGUGUAUGAGGCAUGCUGGGCACUUGACAACAUACUGAUCAUCAAUGCUGCAUAUAAGCAGGUUGUGUUAGAAGAUAACCUUGACCCAAUGGACACUGGAAACUGGCUUUUCUUUCCUGGAGCUACUGUCAAGCAUAGCUGUCAAUCAGACGGCAACGCAAUUUAUUUCCAUGGUACAGAGGAAAGUGAAUACAAUUUUGCUACAACCAGAGAUGUUGACCUCUCUACUGAAGAUAUUCAAGAUCAAUGGUCUGAGGAAUUUGAGAGCCAACCAGCAGGGUGGGAAAUUUCCGGAGCUGUCAUUGGCACUGAAUGUGGAACAAUAGAAUCAGGCUCUUCUCUUGUAUUUCUAAAAGAUGAAGAGAGAAAAUUAUGUACUCCUUAUAUGGACACCACAGGAUAUGGGAACUUGCGCUUUUAUUUCACCAUGGGUGGGAUUUGCAGUCCAGGAGAAUCACAUGAGCACGAUGUUCUCCUAUAUGCACAAGUGGAUGGCAGGAAGGAGCAUAUUGUUAUGGAUACACUGGCAUUUUCCUCUUACAAGGUUCCAUCCCUGGUUUCCACUGCCAUAAGCCCGGAUCUGCAGACUCCAGCUACCAAGUUUUGUCUCAAACAAAACAGUCACCAAGGAUACAAAUUAAAUGUGUGGGCUGUAGAUUUUUUCCAUGUGCUGGCAGUUCUACCAUCUACUGAAUCUCACAUGAUACAGUUCUCUAUUAAUCUGGGAUGUGGGUCUCAUCAGCCAGGAAACAGUGUGAGCUUGGAAUUUUCAACUAAUCAUGGCCGGUCUUGGUCUUUACUGCAUUCUGAAUGUCUGCCUGAGCUUUGUGCUGGACCCCAUCUUCCCCAUAGCACUGUCUACUCAUCAGACAACUAUAGUGGGUGGAAUAGAAUUACUAUUCCUCUUCCAAAUGCAGCUCUGACAAGAGGCACAAGAAUUCGCUGGAGACAGAAUGGGCCAGUUAUGGGGAACAUGUGGGCACUUGAUAACAUUUACAUUGGGCCAUCCUGUCUGAAAUUUUGCUCUGGUCGAGGACAAUGCACAAGAACUGGCUGCAAAUGUGAACCUGGUUUUUCUGGUCCUGCUUGUGAAAUGGCUUCACAAACCUAUCCUGUAUUUAUAUCGGAAAGCUUCACCAGUUCCAGACUUUCCUCCUAUCACAAUUUCUACUCUAUCCGUGGUGCUGAAGUUAGUUUUGGUUGCGGUGUUCUUGCAAGUGGAAAGGCUUUGAUCUUUAACAAAGAUGGGAGGAGGCAGCUUAUUACUACCUUCCUCGACAGCUCACAGUCAAGGUUUCUGCAAUUCACUAUAAGGAUUGGUAGUAAAUCUGUCCUGAGUACAUGCAAAGCCCCUGACAAGCCAGGAGAAGGUGUUUUACUCCACUACUCUUAUGACAAUGGAAUUACAUGGAAACUGAUGGAACACUAUUCUUAUCUUAACUACCACGAGCCAAGGAUAAUAUCUGUGGAACUGCCUGAAGAAGCCAAACAAUUUGGAAUUCAGUUUCGAUGGUGGCAGCCAUACCAUUCUGGUCAAGGGGAAGAUGUGUGGGCCAUUGAUGAGAUCAUUAUGACAUCUGUACUCUUUAACAGUAUUAGCUUGGACUUCACUAACUUAGUGGAUGUUACUCAGUCUCUGGGUUUUUACUUGGGGAAUGUGCAGCCAUACUGUGGACAUGAUUGGACACUAUGUUUCACAGGAGACUCAAAACAAUCUUCAAGUACCCGCUAUGUGGAAACCCAGUCCAUGCAGAUUGGAGCAUCCUAUAUGAUACAGUUUAACUUGGUAAUGGGAUGUGGUGAGCGGUUUACACCACAUAUGGACAAUCAAGUGAUGUUGGAGUAUUCAACAAACCAUGGACUCACUUGGCACUUAGUGCAAGAGGAAUGUUUGCCAAGUAUGCCAAGUUGCCAGGAGUUCACUUCUGCAAGCGUCUAUCAUUCAAGAGAGUUCACUCAUUGGAGAAGGAUCACAUUGCCUCUACCACAAAAGACCUGGUCUAGUGCAACCCGCUUCCGCUGGAGCCAAAGAUAUUAUACAAUUGAAGAUGAGUGGGCUUUGGACAAUAUUUACAUUGGACAGCAAUGUCCAAACAUGUGCAGUGGGCAUGGCUGGUGUGAUCACGGGAUAUGCAGGUGUGAUUCUGGAUACCAGGGUUCUCAAUGUCUUCCUGAAAAUCCACUUCCUUCCACUGUAAUGUCUGACUUUGAAGGGCUGAAUGGCUUGGAAGCAAAUUGGCAGGAGGUAGUUGGAGGAGAAAUUGUAAAACCUGAGCAAGGAUGUGGAGUAAUUUCUUCAGGUUCAUCACUAUACUUUUCAAAGGAUGGCAAAAGACAGCUGGUUAGCUGGGACAUGGACACAACAUGGGUAGAUUUCAUACAAUUUUACAUACAGAUUGGAGGAGACAGUCCAUCUUGCAAUAAACCAGAUAGCAGAGAAGAGGGAGUUCUACUACAGUACAGUAAUAAUGGUGGCAUAAAUUGGCAUCUACUUGCAGAAAUGUACUUCUCUGAUUUCACAAAACCAAAGUUUGUAUAUUUUGAGCUUCCUAAUACAGCUAAAACACCAUGUACCCGGUUUCGUUGGUGGCAACCAGUGUUCUCCGGAGAGGGUUAUGAUCAGUGGGCCAUUGAUGACAUCAUUAUCCUCUCAGAAAACCAAAAGCAGAUUGUUCCUGUUGCUUAUCCAACAAUGCCACAAGUAAAACUUUAUGAGAAGCCUGCAUUUGACUACCCAAUGAACCAGCCGAGUGUCUGGCUUAUGCUGGCAAAUGAAGGCAUGGUUAAAAAUGAAAGCUUCUGCUCUGUUACACCUUCUGCUAUGAUAUUUGGGAAAUCUGAUGGUGAUCGAUUUGCUGUAACACGAGAUCUGACUUUAAAACCGGGAUAUGUACUUCAGUUUAAGCUAAAUGUAGGCUGCACUAAGGAAUUCAGUGGUGAGGCACCAGUCCUUCUCCAGUACUCCCAUGAUGCCGGUUUGUCUUGGUCAUUGGUGAGAGAAGGAUGUUAUCCUGCAUCUCCUGGAAUAAAAGACUGUGAAGGAAGUGCUAGAGUGCUGGGUGAACCAACUGCUUACUAUCCUGGAGAUUAUGAGGAAUGGAUCCGAAUAACAAUUGUAAUACCAAGAUCACUAGCUUCAAGUAAGACUAGAUUUCGCUGGAUUCAGGAGAGCAGCUCACAGAAGAAUCUUCCUGCUUUUGGCCUGGAUGGUGUCUACAUAUCUGAACCUUGUCCCAACUACUGUAAUGGCCAUGGGGACUGUGUUUCUGGAGUUUGUUUCUGUGACAAAGGAUUCACAGCUGAACAUGGCACAUGUGUCUCAAACAGGCCCAAUCCAACUGAAAUGUUUGACAGAUUUGAAGUCAAACUGAGCCAGCUUUGGUACAAAAUCACUGGCGGACAGGUGGGCACAGGCUGUGGGACACUAAGUGAUGGCAAAUCAUUGUACUUUAAUGGGCCUGGAAAGAGAGAAGCAAGAACUGCUGCCUUGGAUACGACUAACACCAGAUUAGUUCAGUUUUACAUACAGAUAGGAAGUAAGAGCAGUGGCUCGACCUGUAGCAAGCCAAAGGCAAGAAAUGAAGGUAUUGUUGUUCAAUAUACAAAUGACAAUGGCAUUAGCUGGAAUUUAUUGCGUGAGCUGGAUUUCCUAUCUUAUCUGGAGCCACAAAUAAUCUCUAUAGAAUUACCACGAGAUGCAAAGACUUCUACAACGGCGUUCCGAUGGUGGCAGCCACAGCAUGGGAGACAGUCAGGCCAGUGGGCACUAGAUGAUGUCCUCAUUGGAAUGAAUGACAGUUCCCGAACUGGGUUCCAGGACAGGUUUGAUGGCUCUGUAGAUUUGCAAGCAAACUGGUACCGAAUCCAAGGAGGCCAAGUAGACAUUGACUGUUUGUCUAUGGAUACUGCCCUUGUUUUUUCUGAGAACACAGGAAAGCCCCGAUAUGUAGAGACAUGGGAUUUCCAUGUGAUGCCAUCCAGUUCUCUACAGUUUGAAUUGAGCAUGGGCUGUAGUAAGCCAUUUAGUGAUUCUCACACAGUUCAGUUACAAUAUUCACUAAAUAAUGGAAGAGAUUGGCACCAGGUUACUCAGGAGUGUGUGCCACCCAGCAUUGGCUGCUUACAUUAUACAGAGAGCUCUGUGUACUUAUCUGAGAGGUUCCAAAGUUGGAAACGGAUUACCGUAUAUCUUCCACCAACAACCAUCUCUCCAAGGACUCGCUUCAGAUGGAUACAGAGUAGCUAUGGGCCUGGUACUAAUGCAUGGGCCAUUGAUAACAUUAUUCUUUCUUCUGGAUGCCCUUGGAUGUGUUCAGGACAUGGUGUGUGUGAUUCAGGACACUGUGUGUGUGACAGAGGUUUUGGUGGCGCAUACUGCGUCCCGAUUGCACCUUUACCUUCAAUUCUGAAAGAUGACUUUAAUAAUAAUCUGCAUCCUGACUUGUGGCCUGAGGUGUAUGGGGCAGAGCGGGGAAACCUUAAUGGAGAAACAAUUAAAUCUGGGACGGCACUUAUCUUUAAAGGGGAAGGAUCCAGAAUGAUUGUUUCAAGAGAUCUAGACUGUAUGCACACAUUAUACAUCCAGUUUUCAUAUAAAUUCAUUACCAAAGGGGUUCCAGAGAGGUCACACUCCGUUCUUCUGCAAUUCUCAGUCACAGGAGGCAUCACCUGGCAUCUCCUGGAUGAAUUUUAUUUUACUCAAACUACUGAUAUCUUGUUUGUCAAUACUCCUCUGCCAGCAGCAGCUCAAACCAAUGCCACUAGGUUUAGGCUUUGGCAGCCUUACCACAAUGGAAAGAGAGAUGAAAUAUGGAUCAUAGAAGACUUUGUCAUUGAUGGGAAUAAUGUACACAAUCCUACCAUCUUAAUGGAUACAUUUGAUUAUGGCCCCAAGGAAGAUAACUGGUUUUUCUACCCUGGUGGAAAUAUUGGUCUCUACUGUCCAUACUCCUCCAAAGGCGCACCGGAGGAAGAUUCUGCUAUGGUUUUUGUUUCGAACGAAGUAGGAGAGCAUUCCAUUACUACAAGAGAUUUAGAUGUGGAUGAAAGCACUAUCAUUCAGUUUGAGAUUAAUGUGGGCUGCACAACGGACAGUAAUUCUGAUGAUCCAGUAAGACUGGAGUUCUCUAGGGAUUUUGGUGCCACGUGGCACUUGCUUCUCCCACUGUGCUACAGCAGUAGCAGCCACGUCAAUUCACUGUGCACCACAGAGCAUCACCCCAGUAGCACCUAUUAUGCUGGAACAAUGCAAGGCUGGAGAAGAGAGGUCAUCAACUUUGGUAAACUCCAUCUUUGUGGUACUAUUCGGUUCCGGUGGUAUCAAGGAUUUUAUCCAACUGCAAUGAAGCCUGUGACAUGGGCCAUUGAUAACAUUUAUAUUGGUCCUCAGUGUGAGGAGAUGUGCAAUGGUCAUGGAAGUUGCAUCAAUGGCACCAAAUGUAUCUGUGACCCUGAAUACUCUGGCCCCACUUGUAAAGUCAGCACUAAGAAUCCAGACUUCCUCAAGGAUGAUUUUGAAGGUCAAUUAGAAUCAGAUAGAUUCCUUCUAGUAAGUGGUGGAAAACCUUCCAGGAAAUGUGGAAUUCUAUCUAGCGGAAACAAUCUCUUCUUCAGUGAUGAAGGCCUUAGAAUGCUCAUGACGAGAGAUCUAGAUUUAUCUUUAGCUCGGUUUGUUCAGUUUUUUAUGCGGUUAGGCUGUGGAAAAGCAGUGCCAGACCCUCGGAGUCAGCCAGUGCUACUGCAGUAUUCACGGGAUGGUGGCUUAUCAUGGAGUCUUCUACAAGAAUUUCUGUUCAGCAAUUCCAGCAAUGUAGGACGAUAUAUUGCACUAGAGAUCCCACUGAAGGCUCGCUCUACCUCCACACGCCUACGUUUGUGGCAACCAUCUGACAAUGGCCAUUUUUACAGCCCAUGGGUUAUUGAUCAAAUUCUUAUUGGUGGGAACAUAUCUGGAAACACGGUUAUAGAGGAUGACUUCACAAGUUUAGACAACAGUAAAUGGCUUCUCCAUCCCGGUGGCACUAAGAUGUCAGUAUGUGGUUCUGCUGGAGAUGCACUUGUGUUUAUUGAGAAGGCCAGCACUCGUUAUGUGGUCACCACAGACAUUGUAGUCAAUGAAGACUCUUUUCUGCAGAUUGAUUUUGCAGCUUCCUGUUCUGUUACAGACUCAUGUUAUGCCAUUGAACUGGAAUACUCUGUGGAUCUGGGGCUCACGUGGAAUCCUGUAUUAAAAGAUUGUUUGCCAACCAAUGUGGAAUGUAAUAAGUACCAACUUCAGAGGGUGCUGGUAUCUGACACAUUUAACAAAUGGACCAGAAUUACUUUACCUCUGCCUCCAUACACAAGAUCUCAAGGGACACGAUUCCGGUGGAACCAGCCAUCGCCUUUUGACAAGCAGCAAACCUGGGCUAUUGAUAACGUCUAUAUUGGAGAUGGGUGUGUUGACAUGUGCAGUGGCCAUGGUCGAUGUGUACAAGGAAAUUGUGUAUGUGAUGACUACUGGGGAGGAAUUUAUUGUGAUGAGCCAGAGGUAUCUCUCCCAACGCAACUGAAGGACACUUUUAACCGGGCUCCAGCAAGCCAAAACUGGUUGACUGUAAAUGGUGGGAAGCUGAGCAGUGUCUGUGGUGCUGUGGCAUCAGGAAUGGCUCUCCACUUUAGCGGGGGCUGUAGUCGCCUUUUGGUCUCUGUGGAUUUGAAUCUGACCAGUGCUGAAUUUAUUCAGUUUUAUUUCAUGUAUGGUUGUCUGAUAACACCUCAUAGUCGUAAUCAAGGUGUGCUGCUAGAGUACUCAGUGAAUGGAGGCAUCACUUGGAACCUGCUCAUGGAAAUCUUCUAUGACCAGUACAGUAAACCAGGCUUUGUAAACAUCCUCUUGCCACUCGGUGCUAAAACUGUUGGCACCCGUUUCCGCUGGUGGCAGCCCAAGCAUGAUGGAUUGGAUCAGAAUGACUGGGCCAUUGAUAACGUGUUGAUAGCAGGUUCUGUGGAUCAAAGUACAGUGAUGCUGGAUACAUUCAGCAGCGCUCCACUGCCACACCAUGAACGCACUCCAGCUGAUGCAGGCCCUACUGGAAGAAUAGAAUUUGAUUUCUUCUCUGAAGACAAAACUGCAGUGAAUGAGCAUUGGCUUUUCCAUGAUGACUGCAGCAUUGAGAGGUUCUGUGAAUCACCUGAUGGUGUUAUGAUCUGCGGAAGCCAUGAUGGAAGAGAAGUAUAUACAGUGACCCAUGACUUGAAUCCAGCAGAAAACUGGAUCAUGCAGUUUAAGAUAGCAGUUGGGUGUAAGACCUCUGAGAAGAAUGUGCAAAACAACGUUCAUGUGCAGUACUCCACUGACUUUGGUGUGAGCUGGAGUUAUGUGGUUCCACAGUGUCUACCUGCUGAUCCUAAAUGUUCUGGGGGUGUUUCACAGCCAUCUGUAUUCUUUGCCACUAAGGGAUGGAAGCGAGUAAUCUACCCUCUUCCUGACAAUCUGAUUGGAAACCCUGUCAGGUUUCGAUUUUACCAAAAAUAUUCAGAUAUUCAAUGGGGGAUUGACAAUUUUUACAUUGGACCUGGCUGCCUGGACAACUGUAAUGGCCAUGGUGAUUGCCUGAAAGAGAAGUGUAUCUGUGAUCCAGGAUACACUGGACCAAACUGUUACCUGUCACAUCCAUUAAAGACCUUCCUGAAAGAGCGCUUUGACAAUGAUGAACUAAAACCUGAUACAUGGUUGUCCAUGGAAGGAGGGAAGACAUGUAUAGACUGUGGUAUCCUAGCUGAGGAUAGCGCCCUUUACUUUGGCUCAGGCGCAGUACGUCAAACCAUCACCCAGGACCUAGAUCUGAGAGGAGCAAAGUUUGUGCAAUACUGGGCAAGAAUUGGAAGUGAAAACAUUACAUCUUGCCAUAGGCCCACAUGCAGGAAAGAAGGCGUUCUUCUAGAUUAUUCUAUUGAUGGAGGUAUCUCUUGGACAUUGCUGCAUGAGAUGGACUAUCAAAAGUACAUGGACGUCAGAUACGAUUACAUCCUUCUACCAGAUCAAGCCCAAACUAACACAACCCGUCUGCGCUGGUGGCAGCCCUUUACCAUUAGUAACAGUUUUGUGGUACCCAGCCCUGAUCGUGCGCAGUGGGCUCUUGAUAACAUAUUAAUUGGAGGAGCUGAGAUCAACCCCAGCCAGCUUGUAGACACAUUCGAUGAUGAAGGUACAUCCCAUGAUGAACAUUGGAGUUUUUACCCCAAUGCUGUGAGAACUGCUGGCUUCUGUGGCAACCCUUCUUUUCACUUGUAUUGGCCUAACAAGAAGAAAGACAGAACUCACAAUAUACUUUCCUCAAGAGAGCUCAUUAUACAGCCUGGCUAUAUGAUACAAUUCAAGAUUGUGGUUGGUUGUGAAGUAAAUACGUGCGUUGAUCGUCACUCUGUACUGCUGGAGUACUCAAAGGAUGCAAGGACAGACUUAUGGCAGCUGGUCCAGACACAAUGCCUACCUUCCUCCUCAAACAGCAUUGGAUGUUCCCCAUUUCAAUUCCAUGAAGCCACAAUCUACAACUCUGUUAACAGCUCAGUGUGGAAAAGAGUAACAUUGCAACUGCCAGACCACGUCUCUUCCAGUGCUACCCAGUUCCGUUGGAUUCAGAAAGGUGAUGAGACAGAGAAACAGAGCUGGGCUGUGGACCAUGUCUAUAUUGGAGAAGCCUGUCCUAAGCUCUGCAGUGGACAUGGAUACUGCACUACUGGAGCGAUCUGCAUAUGUGAUGAAGGAUUCCAAGGUGAUGACUGCUCCGUAUUUAACCAUGACCUUCCAAGUUACAUUAAAGAUAAUUUUGAAUCUGCAAAGGUGACAGAAAUAAACUGGGAGAAUAUCCAAGGAGGUGUAAUUGGAAAUGGAUGUGGACAGCUUUCCCCAUAUGCUCAUGGAGACUCUCUAUACUUCAAUGAUUGUCAGAUAAGACAAGCCAUAACAAAACCACUCGAUCUCACAAGAGCAAGCAAAAUCAUGUUCGUACUUCAGAUAGGAAGUAUUGCCCAGACUGAAAGCUGUAAUACCAACCUAAGUGAUCCCAACACUGUAGACAAGGCAGUACUGUUACAGUACAGCGUCAAUAAUGGCAUAACAUGGCAAGUCAUUGCCCAGCACCAGCCGAAAGAUUUCAUACAAGCACAAAGAGUGUCCUACAAUAUUCCACUGGAAGCACGUAUGAAAGGAGUCCUACUGCGAUGGUGGCAGCCCCGCCAUAAUGGAACAGGUCAUGAUCAGUGGGCUCUGGACCAUGUAGAAGUUGUACUAGUAAGCACUCGCAAACAAAAUUACAUGAUGAAUUUUUCACGGCAACAUGGUCUCAGGCAUUUCUACAACAGGAGACGGAGGUCUCUGAGACAGUACCCAUGAAGAAGUAACAUGUGUAUAAUUCCUGCCAUCAUGUGAAGUGUUGCUUUUCAUUGUCUCCAAUCAAAACACUGCGUCCAGUUUCAAGACUUUACCGCUAUUGGCUUAAAUAACAAAGAGCCUUCUAUAAGACUUACCAUACUCCAUUUUUCGCACUGUGAACUAAUGAGAAAUGACUUAUUUUCUCAUCUGUAAAUGUUAUAAUGUUGACGUGUCUGUGAAAGUAUGUGAUCUGUUGUAAAAUCAGUUUCAUUGAAAGUAUUUCAGUUCUGCAAUGUAUUCUGUUUAACAGAAAGCCAUCUUUAAGCACAAAGGACUUGUUGGAAAAUUUGGAAAAAGUGCAGUAUUUACAGUAUUUAACAAAAUGUUGACACUUAGAUAUUUAAGUGCACUGUAUUUCAUCUAUGUAUCAUAUUUUAUAAGAUUAAAUUAUCAUGUUUCUGUCUUUUAUGUACUCUCCUCAAAAACAAUGUGCUGGUAUCUGUCAAAUUGAUAUAAAAUACAGUCCUUUACGUGAUAUUUGGCCAUGUACACUCUAAUAUUAUACCUAUUAUACCUGAAACCAUGCAUAUAGGCUUAUAUUGUAGGAUCACACCAAAAGAUCUCCUUAUGUCAUUGUACACCUUGGAUCCCAUUGAUGUGCUUAAUGGGGAGAGUACUGGUAAAAAUGUUGAUAAGAACAUGUGGUCUUGAAGUUUCCCUUUAUGAAGCAUUAUGAACAGCUCUUGAACAAAUGCCUAGCAUUCAGUAUAUGGGAGUGUUUUAGAUGUUUAAGGCCAAUAAACCCAGCAGUAACUGCAUUGUGAUGUCUGUGGCGUUAGAGUGGCUUGUAGCCUGUGGACAUGUUUUUUUGUAUUCCAUUUGUAGUUUGUCCCUAUUGCAGGUAUAUGUAUCUUCUGCUGUAGCAAUGCAACUACACCAGCAACAGCAAUAUGGCCACUUAUUCUUUUUUAUUGGACAUCAUAAAACAUAUCUGACAGUGUUUUCAGUUCCAAUGCAAUAUGGGGAGUGCUCAGUGAAAAGAGUUCAUCGUGUUUCUCGCCUGUAUUUCAAUCUCAUCUUUUUAAAUGUCCACAUAAAUCAUCAAUUGAAAGAAAGGCUAAAAUAAUUUUUAACAGUUCUGAAUGUGAUUGCUAUGUUGAGAACAGUAUUUUCCCUCAUAUUCCAUGCACCAUAGUUUGUAUAUGACCCCCUGAGCAUAAUGAUUGGAACUAUCAGCCUUCUGUCUGUUCUGUUCAAGUUAAUACAGAAAUAAACUGUUCUGAAUGUUUGUUCAUUUUAUUACAA